AUGAAGAUCUCGCUUAGGCUUGGUUCAGCGCUGGUCUCCGCCGGUAUCGUCGAGGGACACAUUUCUGCUAAGGCCGAUUGCAUGUAUUGCCGAUUCCUCAACCUACUCGCCAGGGGCAAGUUCACCGUCGACCUCGGGGCCAACCGCGGCUGCACGAGCCUUUCCUACGGCGGCAAGACCGCGACGCAGUGGCCAGACUGCAUCGAACACCCAGAAGACUGGCAUGCGCCUGUGCCGGGCAAGUGUCUCGUCGAUAACCCGGACGGUAAAGGAGGUGCGAUGCACACGCAAAACUAUACCACCACGGCAGGCACAGCAUUCGCCAUCAGCUAUCAGUCAGAUAUCAGAAAGGUGACAAUGGAGAACCUCGUCGUCUUUUCGGUUGUCGAGCAGUACAUGCAAAACUUCAAAUGCAAUGUUACCAACGCCGUGUCCACGAAGCGACUGGGUAUCGCUAAGCCGCCCGUCGCUUGCCGAGAUGAUUCGAAAAAGUGUGUCGCUGGACCGAAGCAACUGAUUGCUUGGAAUCAAGCCGAAGGAAACAACGUGCAGGAUGUCGGUUAUAGCCCCGGGUACAACGCCAGGAUGGGUUUCAAGCCAGGUGCCCAGAAUGACAUUUUUUUCUAG